CAGGCUGCCCCCUGCCUGCCCAGGCUUCCAAAACCACAACCAUCCAGCCUGUGCCCCACACUUGCUCUGUGAAGACUUCCGGCUCUCUCCUUCCCGUCCUGGGAUUGGCGGUGAGACAAUCAUCGCCUCUCCUUGGGCCUGCGCAGUGCCAGAUGAGGGAAAAGGAGGGGCCGACGGGCAAGAUGGCGGCUACUGCGGCCGGUAUGGGUCGGCUAGAGGAGGAGGCGCUGCGACGGAAGGAACGGCUGAAGGCUCUGCGGGAGAAAACCGGGCGCAAGGACAAGGAAGAUGGAGAGCCAAAGCCCAAGCAGCUCCGAGAAGAGGAAGAAGAAGGCGAGAAGCAUAGGGAACUGAGGCUGCGGAACUACGUCCCAGAGGAUGAGGACCUGAAGAGGAGGAGGGUGCCCCAAGCCAAACCAGUUGCAGUGGAGGAGAAGGUGAAGGAGCAGCUGGAGGCGGCCAAGCCGGAGCCUGUCAUUGAAGAGGUGGACUUGGCCAACCUCGCUCCCCGGAAGCCUGAUUGGGACCUCAAGAGAGAUGUGGCCAAGAAGCUGGAAAAGCUAAAAAAGCGGACUCAGAGGGCCAUCGCUGAGCUGAUUCGUGAGAGACUGAAAGGCCAGGAUGAGAGCCUAGCCUCAGCAGUGGACGCCUCCACCGAACAAGAAGCCUGCGAUUCCGACUGAAGUGUGCCCUGUCCCUCCCUGUGCCUGCCAGGCGUGUCCUGUAGGUGGAUGGUCUUGGGCAGGAGUAGAGGCCAGGCUUGCCCUCUCCUCCAGUUUGGCUUCUGAGCUGUGAUUCUCUGAAAUCCCCGUUGAUGAGGUUAGCUCCUUGUCUCCUGAAUGGUCCCUACCAUUCUUGGUGGGGGCAGAGCCAGUAACAACUCUGGUGUGCCUGGGUCUGUACAUAUGUAUAUAUUUUGAACUUUUUAAAAUCUCUGGAAAUAGAGACAAGUAAACCCCUGUGAGUGGCAGAAACCUGUCAGAUGUUUCCUAGGCCUGGGAGUACUGGGCCUUUGGGCUCCAAGACUGCAGAGGUGAUACUUAAUGUGAAUAACCCCUGUUUUAGACUGGGCAUGAUAAGGCUGGAGAGGUAGGGAAGGCCCAGGGCUGGCCUUCUAUGUCCAAGUCCUGGUCCAGUCCAUGGUCAGUGGUGGUCAUCUCAAACCCUUGGGUGACAAAGGGUGUGGCAGAGUUCUUUUUAAGACCACCCCCCUCAAGUCUAGGCCUUGCAGUAGUUUCUGUGGGACAGCCGGAAAGGCUCCCAUCCUGGUCCUCUGGGGACCCCCUCACCAAGUGGGAGAUUGGACCUUGGUGAGUCCCAGCUUGGGUCACUCUAGAUUCAAGGCCUCUUGCACUGCUUCUCCCUCCUCUGCCCAGCCCUAAGCAGCUGCUUUCCCUACCCACCAGUCAGAGCUAGACUAUGGCUUCCCUGGGGCAGGGCCCCUGGGGAGGGGUGGUCCAUUCUGCUAGAGACUUGGUUAGAGUGAUGGGAAUUCAUUUUAAUCUCAGUGUAUUCAUUUUCAUACAUUUUGGUAUGUAUGCUGUGUUUCACACAUAGGCUUGGUUUUUUGGGGGGGUUGUUUUUUGUUUUUGUUUUUCAUUGGAGUCUCACUCUAUUGCUCAGGCUGGAGU